CGGCUCAGCAGUCCCCUCCGAUCCGCUGGUCUGUCGAAAGAGGAAGCUGCGGGUCGUUUGGCAAAUUUGUGCCAGGGGGAUUCGCGUUUGGUGUCUUUCCCGAGUUUGAGAAAUCUGCGUACAGUGAAAUUGUAUUUUGACCGAAAGAAGAUGAAGCGCAGUAUAGAAACAACGCGGACUCGAUAAAUCAGUAAAAGGGAAUGUUGUGAAAUACACGAGAGGAUUACUCUACUUUUUAAUGAAGGCAACGCCUGAAAGAGAGGAGAGAAACCCAGAAGAGACGGGAACCGACGGCCGUUUGUUGAGCACCACCAUGGGGACAAGUUUAGCAGCCGGCGCGGCUUUCUGUUUAUGUCUGCUGCUUUCCAGCGUUGCGGGGUUCGAAGGGAUUUUUCCUCAGACUUUAAACUUGUCUUCUUAUGAAAUAAUUACUCCGAAGUUAAUUAGAAGAGACCGACAGCAUGUUGAAUCUUCUGUUCCAUUACAGGUGUCUUACAUUAUUGAAGCAGAAGGCAGAGAAUACACAAUUCACCUGAAAAAGAAUGAAGAACUUCUUUCAAGAGAUUUUACGAUAUUCACCUACGCAAAAAAUGGAACAUUGAUAUCCAGUCAACCAGAUAUGCAGAAGCAUUGCUAUUACCAAGGAUUUGUUGAAGGUAUUCCUGGAUCUGCAGCAGCUUUCAGUAUUUGUUCUGGUCUAAGAGGAAUUCUGAGCACUGUGAAAACCACUUAUGGUAUUGAACCUUUGGAUUUAUCUGUGGCCUUUAAACACCUUAUUUAUCGCCUUGAAAAUGUGAGGUCUGAGUCUUUUACAUGUGGAACAUCUCAUGCUGGCCACAAAACAGAAACAUUAGGAAGCAUUGCCCAUCCAAUCAAGACUGACUUAUUGAGAAAAAAACGAGACAUCUUGCCACAAACGCACUAUGUUGAGCUGUUUCUUGUUGUGGAUAAGGACAGGUAUGACUACAAGAACAAGAAUCAGACAGCGGUGAGAGAGGAAAUGGUUCAACUUGCUAACUAUCUUGACAAUAUAUAUAUUGCUCUGAAUAUUCGAAUUGUCCUGGUGGGCCUUGAGAUUUGGACAAAUCAGAAUCAAAUCAGUGUUGAUGGUGGUGCUGGUGAAGUCCUGGGAAGAUUUGUCCAGUGGCGCGAAAAAACACUUGUGAGCCGGAGAAGGCACGACAGUGCUCAGCUUAUCUUAAAAAGAAGUUUUGGUGGAACCGCUGGAAUGGCCUUUGUUGGAACAGUCUGUUCAAGGAGUCAUGGUGGAGGAAUUAAUGCGUUUACCAAUAAUAACCUGGAGUCCUUCGCAUCCAUAGUUGCUCAUGAAUUAGGCCAUAACCUUGGGAUGAACCAUGAUGAUGGAAGAAGUUGUCCAUGUGCAGUUCAGGCCUGCAUUAUGAACUCUGGAGCAACGGGCUCGAGAAAUUUCAGUACAUGCAGUGAGAAUGAUUUUGAGAAUUUGAUUUUGAAUAAUGGAGGAAACUGCUUAUUAAAUAUUCCUCAUCCCAAUGAAGCCUACAGCCCACCAUACUGUGGCAAUAAAUUAGUGGAUGUAGGGGAGGAGUGUGACUGUGGAACACUGAAGGAGUGUGAGAAGGAUCCUUGCUGUGAAGCAGGAACAUGCAAGCUGAAGAAAGGAGCUCAAUGUGCCUAUGGUGUCUGCUGCAAAAACUGCCAGUUCAUGCCCGGUGGAACAGUGUGCAGAGAGAGGAGCAAUGAGUGUGAUCUACCAGAGUACUGCAAUGGCACUAGUCAGCUUUGCCAGCCUGAUGCAUAUGUACAAAAUGGACACCAGUGUAAAAGUGGCAGCGCCUACUGUUACAAUGGGGUUUGCCAGCACUAUGAAGGGCAAUGCCAGAAACUUUUUGGUGCAAAAGCAAAAGUUGCUCCCGAGAUUUGCUUCAAAGAUUCGAAUGUGAAGGGUGACAGAUUUGGAAACUGUGGUUUUCAAGCAAAUGGCUACAAAAAAUGUGAAAGUAGAAAUGUAAUGUGUGGAAAGCUGCAGUGUGAAAAUGUUGAUGGCGUCAAUACUUUGUUUGGCAUCCAACCUAUUCUGAUGAAAAUAUUUUUUGGAAGCAUCACCUGCUCCGGUGUGGACUUCCGUUUGGGUUCUGAUGUCCCAGACCCCGGCAUGGUGAAUGAGGGAACAAAAUGUGAAGAAGGGAAGGUUUGCAUGAAUUACCAGUGUGUCAAUGCAUCCAUUCUUCAGUAUGACUGCAAUGUCCAGGAGAAGUGUCACGGGCAUGGGGUCUGUAAUAACAAUAAGAACUGUCACUGUGAUAAGGCCUGGGCCCCACCACACUGUGACAUCAGCGGUUAUGGCGGUAGCAGUGACAGUGGUCCAACAUAUAAUGAUAAGGAUACUUCAGUACGGGAUGGGCUCUUGGUUUUUUUCUUCCUUAUCCUUCCUCUUCUUGUCCUUGGCUUGUUUGUCUUCUUCAGGAGAAAUGAGCUAAAGAGGAGAUUCUGCAGAAAGCGAUCCCAAGCUCGCAAAACACCAUCUGCAGUAAAUGCUGGAAAACCGUCUCCGAGUGCCUCAAAUAAUAUCGUUAAAGAUGGGCAUCAGGCUCAGUUAUUACCACCAGAAGAGGUCGUUCAAACUCACAGAACGUCGUCAGCCCAGCCAGCAUACAGAGACUAUCGUCAAUCUCCGUCUAGGCCGUCAGCUCCAAGACCGCUAGUGCCUCAGAGACCAGCGCCUCUGCCACCCGUAUAGCCUACAAGUGCAGCCUUCUGGGGCAUGUGGGAGCUGCACAGAUUGUAUGAUUUAGAGCAAAGUUUUUUUUAUUAUUAUUAUUAGAAGAUUGAGCCAACAAGUGUACACUUCUUUUUAAAAGGUAUUGAUUUUUUUAUAAAGAAUCACAUCUGGGCUGCUGAAUGUACUGGGUGCUGGGUAAUGAUCACUUGCAGAUGCCACUGGGAGAGUUGGGCUGUAUUUCAUGGAGCAUCUAUGACUGCUGAAAAUACAGUUGGUUUGUCUGUUUGUUUUUUAAUCUUCAAGACUGUUUGUGCUGUGCUAUGUGAUGCAGAAUAAAUCGGCACAAAGACUCCA